AUGUCAUGGCUCUCCUGGACGUCGCUGGUUCCCACCCUUCUUAUCCUCUCUGCCAGUCUCGCCUGGUGGUUCACCGAACCUAAGAACGCCCGCAUCAACCUAAUCGCUGCCGCCGGCGCUGCCCUCUUCUGCUGGGCCGUCGCACCGGAAUUGUGCCGCGAUCUCUCCUACUCCGCCUAUGCCCUGACCGUUGACGCCGUCGCUGCCCUCCGUCUCGAGCUUAUCGUCCUAAGGAAUGCAAAGAUGUUGGUGACGGGGGUUGCUGUUGUUUGGCUGGUUCGGAGAGCGUGGCAGACUUUGUGGAAGCCAGUCCCCGAGCUGAUCAACAUCCUCGGUGUCGAUGUCCCCGAUCCACCCGAUGUGUCGCUAGCCGAUAUCCGAGCCGACGCCGCCACGGUGAACUGGACUCGCGCUCCGGCGAACCGGUCCGUACAGAAGUUUUUGAUCCAGGUGAACGGAGUAGUUGUGGGAGAGGUUGCCACAAACCAGGAACCUGCCAUUGUCGUGAGCGGCCUGAAGCCAGAUCAUUUCUACAAUGUGCGCGUGAUUGCUGUCGGCUCCAACAACUUCCAAGCCGGUAGCCGGGUCAUCCGGCUAAGGACGUUUAGUCGCGAUGGACGGCCGCAGCUUGGGAAUUCGCGACUCCCGUCUAAUUUCAUCCCGGAGGAACCGCGGGGCUCUACAUCCAACGACGCCGGUGACGAUGCCGGAGGAUCUCGCAGCCCCUUCCCGGCGUUGGAGUUACCAACCGUUCAGGAACCUGCUGUCUCACCUGUUAUUAGAGACAUGAACUCUGGGGGUGGCCCAGGACCACGACGCAAUACGGUUACGCGGCGGCAUUCGCCAUCCACUACGAGCAUCGACCAGCCAAUACGGGAAGAAGCCAAUGGGGAUCCGAAACAACUUCUACCGGUGCUCACAGAAAAGUUUGAGAGCAUCCGGAAGGAAACGGAGGAUGUGUUGGGGUUAAUUGCGAGAGAAGAAGGCGAAAACAGGCUGCUAAUGGGGGAAUUGGAAACAGAGAAACGAGGGAAGAGGAAGGAACAGAAAAAGAAGGAGGAGCAGACCGAAAGGUUGAAGAAGGAUGUGCACGCAACCGACCGGGCAAUGCGUAACGCUAUGCAACGCAAAGCUCAGAAGGAGAAGGCUCUGAAGGAGAAGCAAAAUGAGCGGAGCAAGUUCCACGACAACAUUGCUAAGUGGGAAAAAGGUGUGGAAGAACUGCACAAGGAGCGAGAGAAGUUUGGCCAACAGGUGACGGAAUUGGAAGAAGACCGGGAUCAGAAGGUUGAGCAGGCUCGGGAGGAGAACAGCGAUUUACAGGCAGAGUGCUCACGCCUGGAGGCAGAAUUAAAGGAGAGGAGAGAUCAGGUCAAGGAAUUGGAAGAGGCUCGGAAGCAGCUUCCGGGCGGGGACGAGGAUGGCGAAUGGCGCGAGAAGAUCACCGAAGAGCGACGAGAGUGGUACAGGACCGGCACAGGUCGGGAACUGCAGGAGACUACGGCUAUUGAGGCCAAGCGUAGCCGGGCUUUGGACGAGCAAGUCCGCGCUCUCAGCGUUCAGGUGCAGCACAUUCCUCAGGCCAACUUCGGUGGUGUGUACAGCCAUCCCAAUGCCUCCGGCAUGGAGUUCGACCCCGCAGCGGUCACUCACUUGACCCAACGAAGCCGGGCAGGGAAUUCAAUCUCCAGUGUCUCGAUAUCGGGACCACUGGCACCGUUUCCUCAAAUCGACCAGGCGAUGGCGGCUCCUGCUGGCUUUGCCAGCUCGCGCUCUGCAAACGCGCCGCCCGGCUUUGCCCCGGGUCCGUUUAUGGACCACUCAGAUAUGAGUCGUCUGGAUGAGCUGGGCUUACGAACUGCCCCGCUCAGCCCAUCGGCCACCGCUCUUUUACCAUCUAACCUCAUGGCGGACAUCGAUGACGAUGACCCCAGCCCGGUUUCCAGGUUCGGGCCGGACCCCUAUUUCCCGACGCAACGGGCUUCCCCCGAAAACGACCCGCAGUCGCCCGCGUCGUCCGGAAGAUCGUUCAGCAUAUUUACAAGCCCGCACGGCUCGUCGAGCAAUCUUCCAUUUCCUCCUUUUCAGAACGAGGUUUCCGAUCGGAUGUCGCUCAAUGCCGGCCGCCACGGCUCCGUCUCCCGUCUCGACAGAACCCCCGCCGAACAAGCUGAGCGCUUUCUUUCCCUUUCCGCGGUCGAGGCCCGCCAAAGCCGCAGAGCCGGAAGGGCUGGGUGGCCUUCCGUUUGCUCGCAUCGUGCCCCGGGUGGCUUGUUCCCGGAGAGGGAUAAAGGCAGCCCGCGGCCCGAGAGCAUCGCGUCGGCCGAGCUCCCUCGGCCGUCCACCGAUUCCGGUUCGAUCUGGGGGCCACAGCCAGGCGACGCGGCGACAUUGGGGAAACCCAAUCGCCUGUGGUCGCCCGAUGCAUGGUCUAGGAACCCCUCCCGGCGUCCGUCUCUCCACGGUGGCUCACCGUCGGCGCUGAAGACGACGCUCGCAUCUGCGGACGAUGAAAUCCUCGGCGAGGAGAUGUUGCCCAAUGUCAACGAAGUGGGGGUAAUAGGCAGCCGCCCACCAACCCAUUCCAAGAUCCCCCGACUUAACCCCAAUGCGCCGGCGUUUAACAUUACGGCGUUCUUCAAGUCCAAACCCGACAAGGAGAAGGACAAGGAGAACAAGGAGAAGAGCAAGGCGGAGAAGAAGGACAAGUCCAAAGCGAAGGACCCGAAGGAGAAGUCCAAGAACAGUGAUGCGUCCGCGACACCCGAGGGGUCGCAGGUACCGACUUUUGAUCUGGAAUCUCCGCCGGAGUCGCGCAUGUCUCGCGAUGGGUUUUCGGUACACACACAAACGUCGGUUUCCGAAUCGCGGGACUCGCUCUCCCUGGACCAGCCCUUCUCCAACACGCCUUCAGAACCCACCAGCGCGGGGCUGUCGAGCAGCUUCAAGGACGAUAACGUGGUUCGCAAGCUGUUCCGAAAGGGCAGCUCGAGCAAGUUCAGCAUCGCCGGGCGGCUUGGCGGCAAGGAGUCGGGCCUGUUUAAGAAGGGUCCCAGCAGCACGGCCAGCGGCGGCGCCUCGGAGAAGGGGACCUCGAUAGAGCGAUCCAGCAUUGGCGAUUUUGAGGACAUUGCCGACGAGGCGCUGAACCCGGCCUUCUUCGGGCGCAGCUACGACAGCAUCACGAGCAGUCCUAGUUUGGCGCCGGCGGUGAGCGCCACCAAGGGCAAGGAGAGUAAGGCGCCCUCGCGCUGGCUGAGUAACUUUGGCAAGAAGGGUAAAAAGGAGAAAGAGAGCUUGGACUUGGACCGCUCGCAGUACUCGGAGCUGGACGGGCUCGCGGAGGAGGAGAGCCAAAAGUAA